GACCAAGAUCGUGAAGAAUGGGUUGACAUGUGCGUUGACGCAAAUUUGAUGAAUUCGGCUGAAUCCUGUAUAUUGGAGAAACUUCUAGACACAAGCAUCAACUUGGAUUUACUCUUCGCAACCGUUGAGGAUAAUUGUAAGGAUCCUAAUUUCACUGAUUUAGGCGAAUACAGGGAGUAGUCAGCAGGAAAAGCAAGUGACGAAUAAUUGGAUCUCAGUGAUUUUACGGAUUGUCAACUAACGUAGAGGACGUUCGGUUCAAAAAUGGCACUCAAAGGAUGUAAUGUGUGCAUCAAAUAUUUGGUUAUUAUUUUCAACUUGCUGUUUUGGCUUGCAGGAAUUGGGGUUUUAGCAGUAGCGAUAUGGCUACACGUUGACAAUGCCACUUACCUUGUCCAAGGCGAUAAUGAAAACUCCUACUUCACUGCCAUAUAUGUUCUUAUGGCAGCUGGCUCUAUCAUGGCAGUUGUUGCUUCUUUGGGAUCUUGUGGUGCAAUCAGAGAGAGUCCCUGUAUGCUUGGCACGUUCUUUGUGUUUCUGCUUGUGAUAUUUGUGGCAGAGUUGACUGGUGGUGUGUGGGCCUGGAUGAAUAAAGAGAAGGUAAAUGAAAUGAUUCGUUCCUCUGUGACUAGAAUGGUUAAGGAAGAAUAUCCAAACAAUGAGCUUGUAAAGAAAACCAUUGAUGCUACUCAAAGAGAUUUUGAAUGUUGUGGAGCAAAAGGAAUCUAUGACUGGGCCCAUUCUCUGUAUAACAACAAAGAUGGCGGCAGUGAGAUUGAGUUAGGAUUUACUGCUGCCGGAAACUUCAAAGUGCCUGAAAGCUGUUGCUCCGUUGACAAAACUUUGUGUGAGAUGCGCCGUAAAGUCAAUGCAGUAGGUCUUGCAUUCCUACCAGGUCUGCAUCAACAGGGCUGUAUAAAAGUUUUGGAACAACACCUACAAGAACAUACUAAGAUUGUUGUUGGUGUUGCAAUUGGACUUGCUGUUAUCCAGAUUUUGGGCUUAAUCUUCUCCAUGGUUCUGUGCUGUGCCAUCUCUGUAGAGAGGAAUCCAACAUAUAAGGCUUGAAACUGCUGGAUUUUUACUUCUUUUCUCUCAGCUUUCUUCAACCAGCAUAUUUUGCUCAUCUAGAAUCUCACUCAUUGUCUCCUGGAAACCAAAGAUCAAAAAACAGGUUGCCAAAUGCUGCUUACAGUUGUAUCUUGUACAUCAUAGUUCACUGUACUAAGUAACUGUUGUAGGCUAGAUUUCUGUGUACCUAGCCAACUUGUUAUUGACAUUCUUUGAUGUUCUUGUUAAUCAAUAUAUUUAGAGCCCAAGGACCUGACCCUCGAUCACCACAAAAAGGUGUUUAAUUGUUUAAUUUAAGUUUUCUUCUCAAUACUUGUUAGGAUUAUACAUCCAACAUUUGGAAAGGUGUUCUUCCAUCAUUUUUUUUUAUGAUCCAUUUUAAUGAAUAUUUGGUGUUGCUUUUCUUAUUAGAUGUGUAAGUCAAGACAGGUUAUUUUGCUUCCAUUGAUAAGCUUUCUUGAAGUAUGUUUCUAAUAUUGCAUCAGUUAGUGACUGAUCUAAUUGAAAACGCGAGUCCUUUUCUCAUAAACAUAUUUGUGUUUCCAAAUUCAAAUAUACUUUCGAUUUUAAUCUCUGUUUUACAAAUGUAUCUUGUAAAUUUCUAUUAGUACUCGUUGGUGUUCGAAAGAUUUGUUUGAUCCUGAUGAAGAUGUUUGAGUUGGUUGUUUUAAAAUAACAGUUAAACUUCAUAUAUUUACAGCUUUAUGCACUUUGAUCUGAAUAUUGAUGUUUGAUAUUUGAUGCUUUUCAUGGUGAAAUCUUUUUCCUGGAACUCAUGGCCAGUUAUGUAAAUUCCUACAUGUUGUCCUUUCUUGUGUUCAGUUGGGAAUUUUAUGCUUCAUUUAUUUGUUUUAUAUAUAUCUGGCUAGCUUUAAGUAACUGUUUCUCCAGUAUGUUUUAACGUACAGAUCUAACAUAAUACAUGUAUAAUAUUUUAUGUGCACUGUAUUAUUUGUUUUUAAAGUAUCAAAGUUUAGAAAAUAUAGUACAGAAAUUAUUGGUAAUAAAAAAAAAACUUUCAAGCAAAAAAAAAAAACAACAAGUGGAACUGGUUGUCAUUUUAUAACAUUGUUUUUCAGAUCUGUUUAGUGUAAUUUUUAGAAGGUGGCUGGUUUCUGGCCCAAAAUCUUGAAAGAAAGCUUUACUUUGGCAUCUUUGUGUCACUUGGUAGAUAUGUAAUUAAAAUCCAGCCUAAUUUCAUCAGCAACUGAGUAAUGAAGGCUAGAAGCUUCUAGGCUGAAUAAAUAGUAGUUUACUAUUUGUAAAUAUUUUGACUAGUCGUGUGAACUGAUUUAGAACUGUACUGGUUUCUAAUGUGUAGGUGCCAGACUUUGGUAUUUCUACAUGUUGGAGUUUCUGUAAGCAGAAAAUAUGUUUAAAAGCAACAUUAUCCACUUAAUUUAUUUUUCUACAAUAAUUGUAUUAUGUACAUGAAAAAAAUUCUGUUCAUAAAGUUAGAAAAAAAAAUUAUGUUUACUCUCCAGCUAAUCAUAAUAAUGGUUAUUUCAACCAAUGUUUUGUCAUUGUGGCUUCAUGGAUUCUAGUAGUACUUUGGCUGAAAUAUAUUUUAUUAUUAUCUGAAGAAUAAAAAUAAUUUUAAACUUUAUUGCCAAACUGUAAAUCCCUCCAGCGUGCACUAUAAAUUUUGAAAACAAAAUACUCUUCGUUUUUCUAGAGGAAACGAUUAUGAAUAGUAUAAUCCUUUUCUCGGAGUAUUUGUGACGUGUAAUUGUGUAAGAGUAUUUGUGACGUGUAAUGGUGUAAGAGUAUUUGUGAAGUGUAAUUGUGUAAGAGUAUUUGUGACGUGUAAAUGUAUAAGAAUAUUUGUGACGUGUAUAUGUGUUAGAGUGUUUGUGACAUGUAAAUGUGUAAGUAUUUGUGAUGUGUAAGAGUGUUUGUGACAUGUAAAUGUGUAAGAGUAUUUGUGACGUGUAAAUGUGUAAGAGUAUUUGUGACGUGUAAAUGUGUAAGAGUAUUUGUGAUGUGUAAGAGUAUUUGUGACGUGUAAAUGUGUAAGGGAAACUUUAGAUAUUUAGUACUUAAAAAGAUACAACUCAUUUUUUUGUUAGUAUUAUUAAGUAAACCUUUGAAUUAUCUUUGUUAAUGUAGUUGUGAUUUCAUUUAGUUUCAGAUCAUCAUAACUACACGUCUUUAAAACCAACCAAUCAGUUGUUGAGGCAUUUUUCUUGAUCUGACUGAGUUUGUUCGUUUAUGGCACUGCACAAGUUUAUAAGAUUUUUUUAUUCUGAUUUGAGUUAUUUAUUUAAAGUUUUGUAAGGUUAAAUCCUCUGACAGUUAAUAUUGCUUUACGUCUACUUUUCAUACUUCGUAUAUUGAUGUGGUAGUCGCAUUAAUAGUCUGCUGAUUGUUUUAAAAGGAGGUUAUGUUUAUGCUUAUCUGUAUUACAAACUAGACAUCAGUGGAAAAAUUUUAAACAUUCAAAGCAUAAUCUUAAUAAUAUGCGAUAUUUUUUUGUAUGUGUAGUUAACAUUGGGAUUUAGUUCACUGUGAUAGUUUUCCCAUGGGAAUCAAUUAGUACAAUUAUUUGUGUACUGUAAAAGUUUUUGGGUGGUUUUUUUUAUUUGUUUAACAGAAAAUAAAAGCUUGUUAGAAACUAUAGAAGGUGAGAAACAAAGUGUUCUUGUGCAUAUAAAAUUAAACAUAAUUAAAGAAGUUUGGAAAAUAAUAGUUUUAUAUGAAUGUGAUGUCUAAAAUCUUUCUUUUACAUCUUAUUGAACUAUUUGCUAGCAGAAGUGGCAGAACAUUUAUUGUACUUAUAUCUGGCUAAGACUAUUUUUAUAACCUUAUUUUACCUUCGUGUGUUUUACUAAUGCUUUUAUAUAUAUAAAGUUUCAAGUAGUCACUGUUAUGAUUCAUGCGCUGAUGAUGGCUGUGUACUUUGCUUUGAAAAUGUAUUAGUAUCUCCAUCUCUAACCUUUUCAGAGCUACUUUCAAAUGUUUUUAUGUUGUAUUGGAGCAGUUCAGUGGUAGUCAUAGAUGUAGCUUUUUGUUUAUUGUUGGAUGUGUCACAGUGAUUGAAGUAGUCCAACAGUAGCCAUAGAUGUAGCUUUUUGUUUAUUGUUGGAUGUGUCAGUGAUUGAAGUAGUCCAACAGUAGCCAUAGAUGUAGCUUUUUGUUUAUUGUUGGAUGUGUCAGUGAUUGAAGUAGUCCAACAGUAGCCGUAGGUGUAGCUUUUUGUUUAUUGUUGGAUGUGUCACAGUGAUUGAAGUAGUCCAACAGUAGCUCUAGAUGUAACUUUUUGUUUUUCUAGAUAGUAUAAUAAUAAUGGUUGAACCUGGUAUUGAAACCUCCCAACAGUAGCUCUAGAUGUAACUUUUUGUUUUUCUAGAUAGUAAAAUAAUGAUGGUUGAUCCUGGUAUUGAAUCCUCCCAACAGUAGCUCUAGAUGUAACUUUUUGUUUUUCUAGAUAGUAUGAUAAUAAUGGUUGAACCUGGUAUUGAAACCUCCCAACAAUAGCUCUAGAUGUAACUCUGUUUUUCUAAAUAGUGUCAUAAUGAUAGGAACUGAUGUUGAAGCAUCCUGAUAAUAGCUAUAGAUGUAACUUUUUGUUUUUCUAAACAGUGUCAUAAUGAUGGUUGAUCCUGGUAUUGAAACCUCCCAACUGUAGCUCUAGAUGUAACUCUCUGUUUUUCUAAACAUUGUCAUAAUGAUAGGAACUGAUGUUGAAGCAUCCUGAUAAUGGCUCUAGAUGUAACUUUUUGUUUUUUAGAUAGUGUAAUAAUGAUGGAGUCUGAUGUUGAAACAUCCCAACAGUAGCUCUAGAUGUAUAAUGAGCAUUUUUUUAUGAAUAGCAUAUUUCAUGUAUGGUCAAUGAAUUAGGUGCUGUGAGCAUGUGGCUAAGUCCAGAUAGUUUACUAUUAAGAAACAUACAAGUCAAAUUUUAAAAUGGAAUACAAAAAAAAAAAUACUGACUUUAUUUCAUUGAAUAAUUUGGUAUGGAAAAAUUUAUUUAAAAAAAAUAACCCUCCAACUUGUUGUAUAGAUGGUUUUAAAACACGAAAUAUUAUUUAAAAAAUUAACUUGCUAGUAACUAAUAAGAAAAAAAAAAGGAUCUAAAAAUUGCUGAAUUGGGCAUCUUGUACAUGUAAAGGAAAUUGUCUAGGUUUAUUUGAGAGUGUAGUUACCUGAUUUUAAAAAUAUGAUCUGUUUAAAAUGUGCGAAUACGAGAUGUGUGGAAACUAAGAAAUUAUCGUAAUACAAUUAAAAUUCUUUUAGAAAAUCAAUACUCAAGCUUACCUAGUUUUUGAUAUUAACUUGUCUUACUCAGUGUACCUAUUGUUGUUAAAUUGUACACAUUUUGUAUUGCUUUUGUGUGAUUACCUAACUUACUUACUUACUUAGAAAGAAUUAAUAGUUAUUUUGUAAAAUGUAUUAAAGAUUCUGUAGAAAUUUUUUUUUCAAAUAAAUUCUCUGAGUAAUUACUGAAAUGUUAGAUUGCAAUAUAAACAUGAAACAGUUCUAGUGCAUAGAAGUAACUAAUGAAUAGUCAUUUUAUAGUAGUGUGAGUGUGUGUGUAAAGGAUAUGUUUUCAUUAAAUAUAAUUCAUGGAUUAUUCAGAUUAUUCCUUUGCGCACAUCAUUUUUGUUUCUGGUGUUCAUUGACACACGGAUAUUAGUUUGAAGUUCUUUAAAUAUUUUUAUGUAGGUGUGUUUAAAAAAAUCAUUUUUGUUUCUGGUGUUCAUUGACACACGGAUAUUAGUUUGAAGUUCUUUAAAUAUUUUUAUGUAGGUGUGUUUAAAAAAAAUAGUACCUUUGACGAAAUCUAAUUGUGAAAAAUGAGAAAACUAUUAGUACUAUCUGAAAACUAGAAUCUCAACAUAAGUAUUGGCUUCUGUACAUUACGACAGUUGACAGAUUACCUAACUUACUUAGUUACUUAGAAAGAAUUAAUAGUUAUUUUGUAAAAUGUAUUAAAGAUUCUGUAGGAAUUUUUUUUUUCAAAUAAAUUCUCUGAGUAAUUACUGAAAUGUUAGAUUGCAAUAUAAACAUGUAAAUGCAAUGUUUUUGUUUUUUUAAAGAUGUUUAAUUACUUUUCGCAAGCCACGAAUUUCGAGAAAUAACGAUCUCACUGCCUGCCGGCUUUGAAAACGAACCAGGUGGGAUUAAUAGUACUUACAAUUUUUGGUGGUACAAAAUUUAAGAUAUCUAGGAAACGGAAGUAAAAGGUGAAAAAUAGCUCAAAAUUGAAUACAUUAAAUAAUAAUAAUAAUUAAAAAGAGCUUAUUAACUUUUGAUGUUUUAUUGCACAAGAUUUGUAUUUUUCUACUUCGCAUAAUGUUUUCUACUAACUGCUGUACCAUUUUCAGUUGCAAGUUGGAGUGCAUUAUUUGGAAUUGUUAGUACAGUUAUAUCUUGAAUAAUUAUGAUGGAAAAGAUUUAUUAAGGAUCAAAGUGUGUCCUUGUUUCAUUUUGUUUACUUUUUACAAAACAUUUAACACAUUUAAUGUUAUACGUUGUAUUUGUGCUCACGUAUAGAUUCUUGCGGACUUAUUGAUCGUAUUUGUAUUUAAAAGAAAUUAUUUGUACGCACAUUAAAGAUCUGGCACACUGUUUAGCGUUUAUUAAUAAAUAUUAUAAGAUCGAAAUUUAACUUCCCCCAAAGCUAUUCGAACCCUUGAAGUUUUUAAUUUGAUACAUGUUCAUGUACUGCUAACUUGCAUAUCUCUGAUAUAAAAUGUAAUCGGAUAUGCACGUUAGAUUGUAGAUUAUGUACUCGUGCUUUAUAAUUAUUUCUACAUGCAACUAGUAUUAAUUGGUUUAUUUUAUUUUUUACAACCAAAUGUUUUACAACCAUUUUGAUGAAACAGGAACAAUGAUACCAAAAUUGGGCAAAAGGAAAUGUCUCACGUUUCUAAGCCCAAUUCUCAAGGGCUUUUUUUUUUGUAAUAUUUAAAGGUUGGAAAUAUUAUUGUAAGUUUAAUUUGAUAUACUCUAAGAAUUGUGUUUCAAGCAUUAAAAACGUGUUUACGACUUUCAUUCUCUGUGUACUUAUAUUCAUCCAUGUAAUAAAAAAAGGAUAUAUUGUCUCUUGA